UUCUUGAUAGCUGCAGCAGCCUUGUUGACUCACAGGAGCCGUGUUCAUGCAAGAGCCAGCAAGGAGCAGUAAUUUUCAGAGAUUUUAACAGCACACCUCCUGCCAUGUAUUUCACAUUCUAGCUUGCUGGGGCUGAAGCUGUAUGAAAGAAAGUUUUAUGUUUUGAAGAGAUUGCAAAAGAUAGUUCCUCCUCUCAUCCUGGAAAAUCCUGACAGACCAGUUGGAUACCUUUCAGGCCUUAACCAAGAACUUUAUCUUCUCAUCCCACUGUCUUUUUUACAGUAGAAAGACCCGAGACACCCUUAAGAACUGAGAAUCUGACUAAUUUAAACAGAUGGCUAAUCCCAGUGCUGUGUGCAAUGGACAUCUACAUCAUCAUCAUCAUCAGAAACAGAAUAACCUCUUAAAAAGUGGAAUAUCUAAGAAAAAUGGAAUCAUUAAAGGAACGAAGAAGAAUGGAGUGUCAAAUGGAACCCUCUACAAAAAAACAUUUAUUGAGCACUUUGAACAGGCACCAAUGUAUGUUGCAGUUUUCACUUUCGUGGGCUUUGCAGUGGGAACAAUAUUUGGCUACCUGCGAGAUUUUAUGAGAGCCUGGGGACUAGAAAAACGUAACAUUGCUGCGGAGAGAGAACAACAAAAAGAUUUUGUGCCACUUUAUCAAGAUUUUGAGAACUUUUACACCAGGAACCUCUAUUUGAGAAUACGGGACAACUGGAACCGUCCCAUUUGCAGCGUCCCUGGGCCACAGUUUGACCUCAUGGAACGUGUUACAGAUGAUUACAACUGGACAUUUAGGUUUACAGGGAGGACUAUCAAGAAUGUAAUCAAUAUGGGUUCUUAUAACUACCUCGGCUUUGCAGAAACAGAUGUUAAUGCUUUGAAAACUGUGACCAUAGAGUUAGAAAAAUAUGGGACAGGAGUCUGCAGUACCAGGCAAGAGAUGGGCACCUUAGACAAACAUGUAGAACUAGAGAAUCUCGUGGCCAAGUUCCUUGGUGUGGAAGAUGCUAUGGUGUUUGGCAUGGGCUUUGCAACUAACUCAAUGAAUAUUCCAGCCCUUGUUGGAAAGGGCUGCCUCAUUUUAAGUGAUGAGUUGAACCACACUUCUCUCGUUCUCGGUGCGAGGCUUUCAGGUGCCACUAUUAGAAUCUUCAAGCAUAACAAUAUGCAGAGCCUCGAGAAGCUGCUGAGAGAUGCAAUAAUAUAUGGACAGCCUCGCACCCACAGAGCAUGGAGAAAAAUUAUCAUCCUGGUGGAGGGCAUUUACAGCAUGGAAGGGUCCAUCGUGCGCCUGCCAGAGAUAGUCUCCCUGAAGAACAAAUACAAAGCUUACCUCUACUUGGACGAAGCUCACAGCAUUGGUGCAGUGGGAGCAACGGGCCGAGGAGUUGUGGAAUAUUUCGGGAUGAGCCCCAAUGAUGUUGACGUAUUAAUGGGAACGUUCACAAAGAGCUUUGGCGCAGCUGGAGGAUACAUAGCUGGCAAAAAGGACCUUGUGGACUUUUUACGAACUCAUUCUCAUAGUGCUGUGUACGCCACAUCCAUGUGUCCCCCCGUAGCAGAGCAAAUCAUCAGGGCAAUGAGAUGUCUCAUGGGACUGGACGGGACAACACAAGGGCUCCAAAGAGUGCGUCAGCUGGAGAAGAACACAAGGUACUUCAGACGAAAACUGCAUGAAAUGGGCUUCAUCAUUUAUGGCAAUGAUGAUUCUCCUGUUGUUCCCUUGCUCCUUUAUAUGCCUGGUAAGAUAGGGGCUUUUGCAAGACGCAUGUUAGAGAAAAACAUCGGGGUGGUGGUGGUUGGGUUUCCAGCUACUCCCAUCACAGAAUCCAGGGCUCGCUUUUGCGUGUCAGCUGCACAUACACGGGAGAUGUUGGACACGGUUUUGAACGCUCUGGAUGAAUUGGGUGAUUUUCUACAUCUGAAAUAUUCCCGGUAUUCCAAGUCAUCUCAUCCUGAACUGUAUGAAGAAUCUAGGCUUGAACUUGAAGAUUAAGUUUUCCACCCAUUAAAAGAACACUAUGAUGCUAUGAAAGGGUGGAAAACCUGAAAACUAAACAAAUGCAUUUCUUCCCUUCUAAGGACAAUUUUUAUUUCUCAGUUAAUUGAAAGGAGGGGAAGCUCAGGUGUUGCAUCAUGUUGUAUCAAACUUCUGUAUUCAAGAGACUGAAAUAUUGAUACAGAUUUGCCUCCCCAGGAGAUCUGUCCUUCUUAAGGUAUUUUUGAUGCAGAAUGAAUGCAUCCAUUGAUCCAGAUGCUAACAUAGAGCUUUUGAUAUGGCCCUUUUUUAUGAAGAGGCUUCAGAUAGUCUUAAUUGUGACUGAAAUAAUAAAGUUUAAAAAGUUAAUAGAUUCCAGUGUAAUAUAGCUGAGCUUCAUCAGUGAAACUGAUCUGUUAAAGAGCAUAAAUCGAGACGCCGGUGUGGACUGCUACAAAGGAAUGAGCAGAAAGUGACUUCUUUGACUAAGUUGCACUAUCAUGCAUUUCUCCAAGGACAGAAAGUGUUAGAAAAAGGGUAAUGCUGAGAACAAGAAAAGUAGCCUGAUGAGAUCAUGUAUUUCUGACAGCAGGUUAUGGGAAAGGGAAAAUUCCUCCUCUCCACAGACCUUUUCUCAGUCACCUAAAUGCACUGUAAACUUUGAAUCGUACAAAAAUUUGGGCUUAAACAUAAACAGAAAUGCUUUUCUGCCAAACUCGUUUGACCUACAACCUAUCACAUCUUAUCACUACCUAAGUUCUUCAGCAGGCUUGCUCCCUUUUUGUGGGGCAGUAGUAAAUAAAUUUAAUAAACAUUUAACUUUCCCAUAAAAACCUUGAUCAAAACAGUCAGAUACUUGCAGUUCACAAACUGCAGAUGACAUUUAUGGGCUCAUUCCUGAGUUUCUUGAACUACUUAUGGGCCUCAUAAAUUGACUAACAAGUACAUAAUGCUGAAGCUGUUAGUUAUGCAGAAUGUGAAGUUCAGGAUACCAUAAGCAGUUCUGCCACCUGCUAAACAGAAAACUCCACCAUUUCUAUACAUGCUACAGUCAUCCAUGAAAUAACAUUUCUUGAAAUAUUUUUGUCUGUUUUAUGCAUGUCAGGAGUUGUUCUCUCCAGGUUUGAGUUUUUUUUUUUUUGAGUCGUUUGUUUUUAAAAUAAUUAUUGUAUCUUCUGAAGAGGAAGAUGCCCUUGUCCCCUUGUCCACUGCCUGAGUGACAAAUGCUCAAGGCUACCUGAAGGAAUUGUUCCAGCCAGCAGCUUCCCUGCAAUGCCAGCAGCCACAGGCAUCAGGCUUGUGUGGGCUGAGUUGCUGGAAGGAGAUUGGAGGCUUUUUCCUCUUUUUUUUUUUUUUUGGUUUUCCCCAGCAUUGAAAAGCAGUUCUGCAGCUUUAAGAAUGAGCUCCAAACAAUUCCACGCUAUCAAAUGUCAUUGUAAACACAUCAGAUGAGAGAUGUUUAGCUUUCUGUUGCACAGAUGUACCACACUUUCAUGUUCUCUUGAAAGCUGUGGUGUAAACUUAACCCACAGCUGCAAUAUUAGAUUUAAGAACAGAACAAUUAAAUUGUGGAGUACCAAUUACACUAUAUUAGUCCCUGCUUGUUAAAGCAGCUUUCAGGAUAUAACAAGGCUGACUGAUUAUGAGGGCCCAUUUUUUGUUGGAUUUUUGUUGUUGUUGUUCUUGUGCAAGUUAAUAAAAAUCCAGUGGUGCUAUAA